CAAUUUUAAAAAGUCGUUCCGAUAACAAACAAAUUUAUGAAAUAUGUUUGAAAAUUAAUAAUUUUGCCCACUUCCACAUCUGUGCUUUCCGAACACUUUCCACACAUUGUCGAAAUAUGACAUUUUAGAAUAAAGUGCACAAUACGUGUCAGCAAAAGUAAAAGUAGCUCCGACUGACUGAUAAUAGUUGUUUUUAUUUAACGAAAACAAUAUAUAUUUUUUAAAGUUGAGGUCGUAAGGGUGGAAUUAAUUCAAAAUGGUUUUAGCGGACUUGGGACGGAAAAUAACGACUGCACUUCAGUCACUAAGUAAGGCGACUGUAAUAAACGAAGACGCACUCAAUGCUAUGCUGAAGGAGAUAUGCGCAGCUCUGCUGGAAGCUGAUGUAAAUAUUCGUUUGGUAAAACAGUUGCGAGAGAAUGUGCGUGCGGUUAUAGAUUUUGAUGAAAUGGCUGGUGGUCUUAACAAGCGUCGUAUGAUUCAGUCUGCUGUGUUCAAGGAAUUAAUUAAAUUGGUAGAUCCAGGUGUUAAACCUUAUCAACCUGUUAAGGGCCGACCAAAUGUUAUUAUGUUUGUUGGUUUGCAAGGGUCAGGAAAAACAACCACAUGUACCAAGCUAGCCUAUCACUACCAGAAACGCAAUUGGAAAUCGUGCCUUGUCUGUGCUGAUACAUUCCGUGCAGGUGCCUAUGAUCAAAUCAAACAGAAUGCGACUAAAGCCCGUAUACCAUUUUAUGGUAGUUAUACUGAAAUCGAUCCAGUUGUCAUUGCACAAGAAGGUGUAGAUAUGUUCAAACGUGAAGGAUUCGAAAUGAUUAUUGUUGAUACUUCUGGACGACACAAACAGGAAGAAUCUUUAUUCGAGGAAAUGUUGGCUGUCGCUAAUGCUGUUAGUCCCGACAAUAUUAUAUUCGUAAUGGAUGCUACAAUUGGACAGGCUUGCGAGUCUCAAGCAAAAGCCUUUAAAGAUAAAGUUGAUAUUGGUUCCGUGAUUAUAACAAAAUUGGAUGGACAUGCUAAAGGUGGUGGUGCUUUAUCUGCUGUAGCAGCUACAAACUCUCCUAUCAUUUUUAUUGGUACUGGUGAACAUAUAGACGACUUGGAACCUUUCAAAACAAAACCUUUUGUCAGUAAACUGCUUGGUAUGGGUGACAUUGAAGGACUUAUUGAUAAAGUUAACGAAUUAAAACUGGAUGGUAAUGAAGAGCUGUUGGAGAAAAUUAAACAUGGUCAAUUCACAAUACGAGAUAUGUAUGAACAAUUUCAAAAUAUAAUGAAAAUGGGACCAUUUUCACAAAUAAUGGGCAUGAUUCCUGGUUUCUCACAAGAUUUUAUGACAAAAGGCGGUGAACAAGAGUCGAUGGCGCGUAUCAAACGUAUGAUGACUAUAAUGGACAGUAUGGCAGACAGUGAAUUGGAUAACAGGGAUGGUGCAAAACUUUUCAGUAAACAACCCACAAGAAUAGUGCGUGUAGCGCAAGGAUCUGGUGUAAUUGAGCGAGAAGUAAAAGAAUUGAUUUCCCAUUACACAAAAUUCGCGACAGUUGUUAAGAAAAUGGGCGGCGUGAAAGGACUCUUUAAACAAGGUGAUAUGACCAAAAAUGUUAAUCCCACACAAAUGGCAAAAUUAAAUCAACAAAUGGCCAAAAUGAUCGAUCCACGUAUGUUGCAGCAAAUGGGUGGAGUUGGUGGUCUACAAAAUAUGAUGCGUCAAUUACAGCAAGGUGCAGCUGGUGGUCUAGGUGGUUUAGGAAAUCUAAUGGGUGGCUUCGGAGGGAAAUGAGUGUGUAAAUAUUUUUAGCUAUUUUAUAAAGCUAAAGUUUUGUGUAAUUUUACUUAGGUUUACAAUAUGUUAUAGAUUCGCCAACCGUACAUAUAUUAGUUUCAAAAUCGUGAGUCUCUGUAAUCGAUUUAUCGAAAAUCAAAUAUUAGCAACAUCGAGUUAACACGUUUUAUUAUCCACUUUUAUAACAAAAUAUGUAUUCGAUAGAUGUUUCAUUAUUUUUUAAAUAGCCAAUGAAUGGUCGUGCAUAAACAUAAAAUACCAAUUUUUUAUUAUAAUAAAUCAUUACAAUAGCAAAUUCAAUUCAAGUGGUGUUUUGUUAAUAUUUAUGUCUGUUUAAUUAAAUUUCCAUAUAAUUACUUGUUAGAUUUUGAGCUCAUUAUUGUUAAAAAAAUAAU